UCUUUCUCUGUCUGUCUCUCUCAAUUAUCGGCAAAAUGAUCAUCCGGGGACCGGCAGUCACCAGACGUCUGGCCGAACUGCUUUCCCUCCAGCAGUUCCGUUUCUCGACUACUGAAUCAGCUCUUCCCCAACAGGCCAAACCUAGUUCAGCAGUCAACCCUUCUCACCUGCUCCGAGUCUGCACCGUCCUGUAUCAGCAACAGGACUCGCCCCAGCCAAAGUUUAUCGCCCGCCUCCGCAACUGCGACUUCGAACUCAGUCACGAGUUCUUUCUCCAAGUCUGUAACAAGUUCCCCUGUUCUUGGAGACCCGUCUACAGGUUCUUCGAAUUCACGCAGACCCAACACCAUUUCUCCCACACCUCCGUCACAUUCAACAAGAUGAUCGAUGUGAUUGGGCAGUCCAGAAACACCGAGCUUUUCUGGGAAGUUCUUCAGGAGAUGGCACGGCGUCGUCUUGUCAACGACAAGACUUUCAGGAUUGCCCUAAAGACGUUGGCCUCGGCGAGGGAGAUGAAGAAGUGUGUGGAAUUUUUCCAUUUGAUGAAUGCCCAUGAGUACGGAUACAGAUCAGAGACUCUUAACAGAGUGGUCGAGACGUUAUGCGAGUGUAAACUUGUUGUCGAAGCUAAAUUCAUUGUUCUGAAGUUGAAACCUUGGAUUGAGCCAUCUGGGAACUCUUACAAGUAUCUGAUUAAGGGGUUCUGCGAAGUGGGUGAUUUGAUUGAAGCUUCUGAGAUGUGGAAUUCGAUGGUUGAUGAUGGGUUCGAGCCGGAAAUCGAUGCUGUUGAGAAAAUGAUGGAGACCUUUUUCAAGACUAAUCGGUUCGAUGAGGCAUUGAAGCUUUUCCAAUCAAUGAGAAUGAAGAGGAUUGACGAUUUGGGUCUUUCGACGUACAGGCUUGUGAUCAACUGGAUGUGCAAGAGGGGUAAGCUUGCCCAAGCCUAUAUGGUGUUUGAGGAAAUGCAGCAGAGAGGAAUGCAGACGGAUAACGCGACCUUAGCGUCGCUAAUUUACGGCCUUUUGACGAAAGCCAGAGUUAGGGAGGCUUAUAAGAUUGUGGAAGGGAUUGAGAAACCAGACGUGAGCGUGUACCAUGGAUUGAUCAAGGGGCUUUUGAGGUUGGGAAGGAUAAGCGAAGCAACCCAAGUGUUCAGAGAGAUGAUAAAGAGGGGGUGUGAACCUACAAUGCAUACGUAUAUAAUGUUGUUGCAGGGACAUUUGGGGAAGAGGGGGAGGAAGGGACACGACCCGCUGGUGAAUUUUGACACCAUAUUCGUUGGAGGUUUGGUUAAGGCUGGGAAAUCAUUACAGGCCACAAAGUACGUGGAGAGGACGAUGAACAGGGGACUCGAAGUGCCUAGGUUUGAUUACAACAAAUUCUUGCAAUAUUAUUCGAGUGAGGAGGGUGUGAUAAUGUUUGAAGAGGUAGGGAAGAAAUUGAGGGAGGUGGGUUUGUUUGAUUUGGCCGAUAUAUUUAUGAGAUAUGGGGAAAAAAUGGCGACGAGAGAGAGGAGGAGAAACAGAGCAGUUGAGGCAUGAGAAUAGCUUGUACAGGCACAAUCCAAACUCAUAGAGCUAAUUUGAACAGUUUGUCACGGCAUUAGACCUUUAUCUAAGCCAACCAUGCCGGCACUUAGCAAUAUUCACACUGACCGUGAUGCUAAGUUAAUCUAACCUACUAAAUAGACACCAAAGUUCACAAAAGAAAGCUAGAGAGUUUGAAAAAUUGAAGACUUU